AUGAAAAUGACCUUGAACCGAUUUGGGAAAGCAUUCACCAGCGGAAUGACCUCCGCUUUCCUACCAAGCUUCUCUGAGGAGUCGCAUGUGCUUCUCCAGGGUGUCGCGACGACUCAGACCUCCAUGGCGGAGAAGUUUGCCGAUGGCCACGAUACGACCAGCCGCCAGCUUAUGGAUAUUGACGGUGCUUUGAGGCGCAAGCUGAUCGAGACCGAGGAGUCCGUUACAAAGUGCUGCACCGACUCCGCCGAGAAGCUGCUUGGGUCGCUCCGUGAAGAUCUCACCACGCUGUCGGACCAGGGGACGAGCAUCGUGGAAAAGGUGCAGAGAUCUGCCACGGUUCAGGAAGAUCGGGUGACGGACAUCCGGAGGCACAGCAUUAUGAUCAUGGACAUCCUGAACGGGACGCAAGAAACGAUCCAGAAAAGCCUGGAAUGCAUUCAGAACUUCACCCGGGCAGAGCUCUUGCGCGAUCCGGCAGCCCAGCUGGAGACAUCCGUGCGAGAGGUGCUCUUUCGGCAGAUGGGGAAGCUGAAAGAGUCCCUCCUGGGCGAAGAGAGCAACGACGAUCGGGGACUGAAUUUGAAGGAUCUGGUGUCCAGCAUGGCGAAUCGUCUCGAGGCCAGCGCCGAGCGCUUGGAGCUGAGCCAGGCGAAUGCCCCGGCGGCUGUGGACGUGGAGGAGACCAUCAAGCGGGAGCUGGAGGCAGUGACUCUGGCACUUGCAACACAGCAGCGGGACAACGGGCAGGAAAGCCACACGCAGCUUGGGGAGCUCUUGCGGGAAGAGCUCACCGCGCUCAAGGAUGCUCAGUCCGCAUCUGCCGCGUCUCUGCAGGAGAAGGUCGGCGAGUGGACCAGCUCACUAAGCGAGAACGUGAGCCGCGUCGAGUCCGGAUUGGAGAAGGUGGGGUCUUGCAAAGUGUCGAGUCGCAAGAGAAGGACAAGGAGAAGCCAAAAUCCUCCGCCGGCCGGCGCACGAGCCAAAACAGUGAAAGGUGAGCCAGCUUCAGGUUUCCUGUUUGCCGCGCAGGCGGUGAUCUGCGGCAUCUACCACUACUGUGAUCAACAUCGGGUGGGAACCUCACUGGAAGGUCCAGUAUGCAGCGAUGCCACCUAUAGAGUGACCCACAUCUCGGAUCAUGGCAUGGCCUACUUCGUCAUGUUGCAGAUGGGCCUCCUGAUCUUGGGACCCGAGGAUCCGACCCUCCAGCGCAUCAUGCCCAACUGCUGCGGCACAUCCACAGAUGUGGCAGGAUUGCCGUUGCAUGUCGUGGCUCUGACCCGUGCACUUCCCAGCAUCUUCGUGGCGUUCCUGCUCAUCUCCACUGCGAGGGGGGAUCACUCGAUAGGCAGUCCAGCAUUCCACCUUGCGCUGGGCUUUCUUGUCUGUUUGCUUCUCUUCUCUGCAAAAGGCGUCUUCUGGCUUCUCCGGCCGUCUGCAGCUGCGAAAGCUUUCGCACUGCCGCAGUCCUGGUUUCGGCUCGGUCUCUGUGCUGCUGCGGUGAUGUCAAGCAUCUUCUUGUUCCUGGGAAUGCAAACGGUUGCCAACGAUGACACCAAGGUCGGCAUGGGGGGUGCGAAAGCCUGCGCCCAUUCUAUGUGGCAUGUCGCUGCCGCUCUUCUGGCUGGGCUGAUCCUCGAGGCCUUGCACAGCAGCCGCUUCGCCUAUGUGGAAGAAGAUUUCGAGGGCCUCCUGGUCAUCUCCAAAGACAGACCGCAGACCUCGCCACGAUGA